AUCUGCCCAAUGCUCUCUUCCUCCUCCUCAAACCACAGCAAAACCCUCCUCACUCCUCCCCUCUCCUCCUUCUCCCACAAACCCUAACCGCCAAUUCCUCUUCCGCCACCUCCUCGGCCAAUCAAUCGACCCCAGAUGGCCUCCCGGGACCAAGCCCUAUCACUCCUAGCCGCCGCAAACAACCACGGCGACUUGGCGGUGAAGCUCUCGUCUCUCAAGCAGGUCAGGGACAUUCUCCUCGCCGUGGACCCUUCCCUCGCAUCAGAGCUCUUCCCUUACCUUGCCGAGCUCCAUCCAUCCUCGCCCCAGAGCCUCGUCAGGAAGUCUCUCGUCGAGAUAGUGGAAGAGAUUGGGUCGAAAGCAAUGGAAUACUUGGCAGUAUUGAUGCCAGUCUUACUGGCAUUAUUGAGAGAUGCUGAUCCAGAUGUUGCAGCACAGUCCGUCAUCAGUGGCACGAAGCUCUUCAGUGGUAUUCUCGAGGAGAUGGCAGUGCAGAUGCAUCACCGAGGAAAAGUCGAGAGGUGGCUUGAAGAUCUUUGGACGUGGAUGGUUAAGUUCAAAGAUGAUGUGUAUACCAUUGCAAUUGAGAUAGGUCCUGUUCGUACGAGACUGUUGGCGUUAAAAUUCUUGGAGACAUAUGUUUCACUUUUCUCACCUGACAAGAAUGAUUCUGGAAGACCUGUGGUCGCAGGGAGCAGACACGUAUUUAAUGUUUCAUGGCUAGUUGGAGGCCACCCUGUUCUUGAUCCAGCUGUGUACAUAGCAGAAGCGAAAAGGAUCGUUGGAACUUUAUUCGAUCUGCUCAAAACAGCUAGUAGUCUUCCAGGAUGUCUGACAGUUACCAUUGUCAAUUGUCUUGCAGCUAUUGCUAGAAAGAGGCCACAGUACUUCAGCACAAUCUUCUCAGUAUUGCUCGACUUUAAUCUCAACUUUCAGACGGCGAAGGGUUUUCAUGCUCCCAGCGUUCAAUAUUCUUUUAGAACUGCUUUUUUGGGAUUUCUUAGGUGUACAUAUCCUCCAAUUGUAGAGUCAAGGGAGAGAUUACUUAGGGCUCUACGAGCAAUGAAUGCUGGAGAUGCUGCUGAACAAGCCAUUAGACAAGUUGAUAAGCUCCUAAGAAGUGCUGAGCGAGCUUCUCGUGAUUUCCGUAUAACUAAGGAUGAUCACCUAACCAUCCAGACGCCCUUUCCUGGGGAUAUAAUGAAGAAAAGGUCUCUCCAUCAGGAGGAAGACGAUUUUUCCUAUAAUAAUCAUGAAAUGCAUUCUAAGCGAACUCGCUAUGGUUCCAAUGCCAAUCCUGUUUUGCCUGUUCAAACCACUGAUUUAAUGAAUGGUUCUCUCUCUGCGAAUGAGGACUCCCCUAAUGUUCCAGCAUUUGAUGGUGACGAGUUGACGCCGGCUGAACAAAUGAUUGCUAUGAUUGGUGCUUUGCUGGCUGAAGGGGAAAGAGGUGCUGAGUCACUUGAAAUUCUCAUUACAAAAAUGCAUCCUGAUAUGUUGGCAGAUAUUGUAAUAACGAAUAUGAAGCACCUGCCCAAAGUCUCUCCACCAUUAACAAGGCUUGGGACCUCGCAAGCAACCCCACAGGUUGGAUCUCUAAGUCUUCCAUCCCAAAUUUCUGCACUGCAUGGAAUUCAAGUUUCCACUGGACAAGUGCCGCAUCCUUAUGCACCUGCAACAAGUUCUCUGUAUUCUGAUGCAACUACUGCUGUUAGUAAUUCACCAGCAGAGUCUAGGCGUGAUCCACGGAGGGAUCCACGUCGCCAUGAUCCACGACUAGCAUUGCCAGCUGAACUUCCUUCUACACCAAAUAUGGAUGAGUCUGUUGCUACAAAAUCAGACUGGGAGAGUUCUAGUGUGAGUAAGCCUCCUCCAUCAGCUGUUGCAAUCAGUGGUAAAACUCCUAUAAUGCCGUCCAUCCCAAAAAUCAAGACUGAUGAAGACACGUUUGAAUAUGCUUCAAAUUCCGAAACUAUCAAGCAAACUCCUGAAGUCGAGGUUCCUGAUGAUGCUAAGGAUAAAGCCCAAACUAUUGAGGUCAAAUUUUCAUCAGAUUCUCCCUUUUCUCCAAGACAAAUGGAUGAAAAUGAUUCAGUUGCAGCUAAGGCAGAGGUUAUGGAGCCGCAUGAGUCUGAGAUGACAGAUAUUGAAGAAAUGGAGCAACAUUCUCCAGCUGAAAGCCCUUCUGUGUUGGAAGAUACGGUACAGGAACUACCUACUGUUCCUCCAUAUGUUGAACUUAUCAGAGAACAGGAAAUUAAUGUGCAAAAGUUGUCAGUAAGGCGGAUAAUAGAAUCGUACAAGCACCUUACUGGAAAAGAAUGUGAAGACAUGAGGAUAUCAUUAAUUGCUCGGUUGGUUGCUCAGAUUGAUGCUGAUGAUGAUCUAGUAGUGGUGCUGCAAAGACAUAUCCUGGAAGAUUACCAAUUACAGAAGGGGCACGAGCUUGUUUUGCAUAUCCUGUACCAUCUCCAUUUCCUAGCCGCCUCCAGUGAUGUCCCAAACUCUGCUGAAGUUAUAUAUGAAAAGUUCCUCUUGGCAGUGGCCAAAUCUUUGCUCGAUCAUUUUCCACCCUCGGACAAGUCAUUCAGCCGGCUUCUUGGGGAAGCUCCAUUGUUGCCUAGUUCUUUGUUGAAGUUAUUAGAUGAUAUCUGCUUCUCUGAUGUUUCUGAUGAUCGGGGAAAAAGUCUGCGGGAUGCCGAUCGGGUCACUCAGGGUCUUGGUUCUGUAUGGAGCUUGAUUUUGGGGCGUCCACAUUAUCGCCAAUCGUGCUUGGAUAUAGCUUUGCAGUGUGCUAUACACCGACAAGAGGAAAUCCGAGCUAAAGCUAUUCGAUUGGUGGCUAACAAGCUCUACCAGCUGAGCUACGUAUCAGACAUUAUAGAGCAGUUUGCGAGGAAUAUGUUUUUGUCAGCUAUCAAUCAGAAUGUUUCGGGUGCGGAGCAGAAUGUUUCACAACCUGGACAGAAUGAACAAGCUGAAGGGGAGAUUGGCAGUGAUAAGACUACUUUUAGUGGUUCUGAAGUUUCUGAGACUGUAACCUCUGAUACUGAAUCUGCAAGGAGCACUCAAGCUCUGGGCCAAAGCUCUUCUGUUUCAUUUCUUGAAGCUCAAAGACUCAUUUCUUUAUUUUUUGCAUUGUGUACAAAGAAACCUAAUCUUCUUUACCUCGUUUUUGAAACUUAUGGGCAAGCUCCUAAGACCGUAAAGCAGGCUGUUCAUCGGCAUAUUCCAAUCCUUAUCAGGGCCUUGGGUUCAUCUCACCCUGAGUUGCUAUAUGUAAUAUCAGAUCCACCUCAAGGAAGCGAGAAUCUUUUGACGCUGGUGCUGCAAAUAUUGACUGACGAAACAAUACCUUCUCCGGAGCUCGUAGCUGCUGUGCAACAUUUAUAUGAAACUAAGUUGAAGGACGUUUCUAUCCUUAUUCCAAUGUUACCUUCUUUCUCGAAGAAUGAGGUUUUGCCUAUUUUCCCGCGGCUUCUUGACCUUCCUCCUGAAAAAUUCCAGAAGGCACUUGCUCACAUAUUACAGGGCUCAGCUCAUUCUGGUCCUGCUUUAACACCUGCCGAGGUGCUGGUGGCGAUACAUAAUAUUGUCCCCGAGAAAGAUGGUAUUCCCCUCAAAAAGGUGAUGGAUGCUUGCUCGGCUUGCUUUGAACAGCGCACAGUUUUCACUCAGCAGGUCUUGGCAAAGGCUUUGAAUCAGAUGGUUGAUCAAACUCCGCUGCCUUUGCUCUUCAUGAGAACAGUCAUUCAGGCUAUUGACGCCUUUCCUACGCUGGUCGAUUUCGUCAUGGAGUUACUGUCAAAACUCGUGAGUAGACAGAUCUGGAAGAUGCCGAAAUUGUAUGUGGGCUUCUUGAAAUGCGUAGCUCAGACUCAACCACAUUCUUUCCGCGUGUUGUUACAGUUGCCGCCACCACAGCUAGAAAGUUCUCUGAACAAGUAUGCUCAUUUAAGAGGGCCCCUCGCUGCUUUUGCAAGUCAACCCAGCGUCAGAGCUUCACUGCCCAGGCCAACACUUUCAGUCCUUGGAAUUGCAACUGAACCCAACUCGCAGCAGCCUCACCAUUCAUCUGCUCUGCCACCAGAAACGAGCUCUUCCGUGCGUGGAGCCACCAUGACGUGACAGUAUUUCCUGCCCCUUAGUAUUCGAUGAUUUUACCGUCUAGAUCAUGACAAAGCUGAUACCCGAGGAAGUUGCAAGGAUUCAAAUCAUCAGAGGUGCAACCCACGAUGUUGCAAAUUGGCUCUGCUCGUUCCUUCUCAGCUCACGGCUAUGAAGGGCUGCUGUUCUAAUUGGCAGGCAGUCAACCGUGUUCGAUAGUUCUUGACCUAGUGCUAUCGCCCCACCGGAAUCUGUGCCAUAGUUGUAUAUUAUCUUUCGUAAUCCCCUCUUUAUUAAUUUUGCUCUCAUGUAAUAUGUUCUGAAACAUUGGUUUCGGUUCGGCAUCUACAUUACAUCAGAGAAAUUGUUGCGUUGGGUGAGUGAGAAAUAUUGAAUUGAAGAGAGUUUUUAGCAGUACAGAUGCCGGGGAA